AUGGCAAGAAAAAGAGUAAAAUUGGCUUUUAUUGUGAAUAAAAAGCAAAGAAAAACCUCCUACAAGAAACAAAAGAUGGGGGUGUUGAAGAUGCUUAAUGAGCUGAGCAUCCUGUGCGGUGUUGAAGCAGGUGCAGUACUGUACAGCUCUUUUGAGCAACAGACCAUUGCCACAUUGAAGAACAUGCCAGAUUUCGCCCAAACUCGAGGAAUGGUGGACCAUGACAACUUCCUUGAAGAGAGGUUUCUGAAAUUAGGCACUCAGCUUCUCAAUCUGAAGAAAGUGAAUAGAUUGACGGAGAUGGCUUUAGUGAUGUAUCAGAUCUUACAAGGACAUCAACUUAAUAUUUCUCUCAGUUCCGAAGACCUUAACGAUUUGGGUUGGGCUAUAACCGUAUAUCUGGAAGAAAUUGAUAACAAGGUCGAGACAUCCUCAAUCCCAGCAUCAGCUCCAGAGCCCAGCAGCUCAACAAAUCCUUAA